CACUUUCCGUUGCUGUGGACAAGGGAAAAUGAAUAAGUACUUUACAUUUAUUUAAAAAUUCUGAUAAUAUAGUAAUGUUUAAAAUAGUGUAUUGUUUCCUUCUUUAUUUCACCGUGUGUUCACGACAUUAAUUCCGUAAUUAUUUUAGAAAGUGCGUCAAAUUUUACCAGCCUCGGUUUUUUUCUCUUCCUCUGUACCGGCCGGCAAACCAUGGAGACACACCCCUCAACUCUUGAAAAAUAUCAGCUCGAGGUUGCCGAAACGAGCCAAUCAGCUGCAGCUUUGCCAUGGCCGCGUGCCUAAAUAGAAUGUUUAUGUACGCCGAAAACCAAUCAGAAUCAAUGAGAGGCGGGUGGAGCGGAUCUCGCCUGGCUGCACGCGCAGUAUAGAGUGGGCGUGGCAUUGGGCUCGGCGAGGGAGCAAAGCAAAACAAUCAUUUUUAUCCCCUUUACCGGCUGUUUUUAGACCGCAUACACUCUCCGCUACUGCAACAGCAGGGAGCCAUAGUCCAAGCAAUACUGUUAAAUGCAUCUUAACCCGUUCAGUACUAAAUUCUACCGAAAGCUGGUGAUCUCGCCGUAGUUACAUUUAACCCAGGUUGAAAAUGACUUCCAAGCGCCUUAUCGACCAGCCUCGAGCCGGCGAGAGCACGCACGAGGGUGGCUGCGCCGGUCAGCGUGAGCCUGUCAUCGCAAUGUUCAUAGCCGCACGCGAGAACGGAGCGCUUCACGGAAAAGCCUUUAAAAUGAACGACGUUGCUUUUAAGAACUCCGUCAAGGAAAUCACCGCGAAUGGACUUUUUUAUACGUCAUCGAGAGAGAGGCACUACAUUCACAAGAAAUUUGCGUGUGGCAGAGAGGAGGACGAACAUAUCUCAGCACCUGAUGGGGUCCUUAAAAAAGGCUGUCCUGCUCAUUGCCUGUUCAAUGGCCACAGGCUACAAGACCAAAUCCACAUGGAGGUUCGGAGCCCAGUGAGAGUGCCAGAAGAGUUAGGAUGUCAUCUGCCAUCACCAGAAGCCCUGCACCCGUAUACGUCCUCCAUCAUCCCCGUCCCGCAUGACAGGAGGCCUUCUGGGCACGCUGAUAAGGAGGUGAUGGCCGCCACCGUCCUGACAACGUUGUCCACCAGCCCGUUGGUGCUCAACCCCUCCUCCGGCAUCUCAGGUGUAGAGCUGGCUGCUAAGGGCUGGAAGGAAAGCCUGUCGGCCAGCUAUAGCAGCUCCACCAGUGGGAACUGGAGUUGGGACACCAGUGACCAAUCAGUGCCCUCCACCCCAUCCCCACCUCUCACCAAUGACGCCUGCAAGAACUUCCUGCUUUCCUCUCAGAGUGAUGACAACAUUGAGGAAACUGAGAGUACACACUUCCUGUUUGAGGACCCCAUCCCCCGGAAACGAAAGAACUCCAUGAAGGUGAUGUUCAAGUGCCUGUGGAAGAACUGUGAAAAAGUCCUCAGCACGUCCUCAGGGAUCCAACGGCACAUCCGCACCGUCCACCUGGGACGAAAUGGAGAUUCAGACUACAGCGAUGGCGAGGAGGAUUUUUAUUAUUCUGAAAUCGAGGUGAACAUGGAUACUCUGUCGGAGGGGUUGUCCAGCCUCACGCCCACCUCUCCCACUACAUCCGGGCCUCCCCCUGUGUUCCCUGUCUUGAUUUGUGAUGCAUCUCGAUUUGAGCGCGCCCACGUGAUCACCCCCCUCAGUCAAUCAGCGCCGUCCGCGCUUUGCCACAUCCACACAGACCACGCUUACCAGGCUACAACCCCUGUCAGCAUUCCCAGCAUGCCUUCUGAACCGCCUCACAGCGAGGACAGGAUCAGUGUAUCCUGGCAAUCGCCCCCUGUUAUCUUUGAAGCGCUACCGGGCCCGAUGACUCAAAUCCGCACUGUGAGCAUCGGUGAGAAGAGACAACCUGUUAACAACACCCCCGUCAGCAAAACACACACCAGCGGCUCCUCCACUGCCAAACCAAGUAAUGCAUCCAGGAAACCCCGUGGUGAAGCCAAGAAGUGUCGGAAGGUAUACGGCAUGGAGAAGAGGGACCUGUGGUGCACGGCUUGCCGUUGGAAGAAGGCCUGUCAACGCUUUACUGACUGAGCUUUAACCUUCACAUUGUGCUUUUCUAUCGCUGGUGUUCCAGAAACCUAGCACUGCUAACUCGCCUUAUCUCAGAAUUGACUUUUCUUUGAGAGCUUGAGAUAAUGUCCUUCUGAGGGAAUGUCACUGUUUCCUCUGAGCCACAAGAGGGUGCUCUUGUUUUUUCUACAGCUUCCGUAGCGGAACACUGAGAUUUUAUUCCUAAAAACUGAAGACAAAAAAAAAAGGAAAAACAGUGAAAAAAGUUUUAUAAAAAGCUUUUGCUGCAUUCUUUUAUUAAGGCAAAAAGACGUUUGUGCAUAAGGAAUCCAGAAACGAGACUGUCAGGAGCAGAUUUUGCCGUUUGUUAUACGGUCACAUUUUAUGUGCUCUUUGGAAUACAGUAGCUGAAGAUUUCCUGUGAUCUUAUGACUUUAUACAUGGCGGUUAUUAGUGUUCAAAACUCUGAACAGUUGCAAAAGUGAACACGUAUUUAGCAACUCAGCAGUUUUAUGUGAACAGUCUCAGAACAUCAUUUAAACAAAUCAAACGUUAUAAAUCGCCAAACUGUUUCUACACUUAACGCUUGUUUUUGAUAUAAGCACUUUUUAACAGCCAUGAAAAUUAUUUGCUUUUCUCUCUCGAUAAAGCAGAAUUUUUGCAAUGCUGUUCGUAGAAAUCACAGAAAUGAUUCUCUCACGCUUUGCACCUUCGUGUGGACAGCAAGUAUGCAUCUAGUCAAAAACGAAAACAAAAAUUCAACACAAUUUUUGGUCUUGAUACCUCUAAAGAAUAAUGAGCCUUUGACAGAGAGCCCUGUGUGUACUUCAGUACAAGCUGUAGUGCAGGAAUGUAAAAUGGCCUCUCGCACCGAAACACAUUCAGUCCCUUUCAGAUAAGCAGCCUCUUUAUAAGCUACCAGGUUUAUUCCUAUCAAUCCGCAGUAUUAAUUUAAUGGCAGGCACUUUAUUUGACCUUUACAGUGACUUCCAUAAAUUCACCUUCAAAUGCAAGACAAUCUGCUGUUGAGGAGAGCCGCAAAGCCCAGUUAGGACAUAUUAAUACGUUAGGAUGCAGUUUCUGCCUGGUCAGCUAAAACAGGACAUCCCAGUCUCAUAUUAUUCCCUCAUAAAACAAACGCUUUUCCACACAAAUGUCGCACUUCUUGCUUGUCUUUUGGAGUCUUUGUGGCAAAUCAAAUCCAUGUUAUGGCUUACUUUACUUCUGAUGCAGCACAUAGAUAAACAUUAAAAGACCGGCAGCACUAUUUUUCAAAGCAAUGCCUAGUUCUGAAAACAUGUCCCGUGCAGAAAUCUGAUAUUUGGGAAUGUACGCAUACGUGUGUGUUCAAUGAAUGGAUUUCACAGAUAUAAAAAUGUGAAAAUCCUAAAUGAGAGUGAAUAUAGGACACAUUGUUUUCAACGUGAAUUCCUACAUCAUAUAGGAAUUGAAGUAGAUUCCUACAUCACAAGUAUGGCUACAUUUAUUCAAGUGAAUAUAUGAAAAUAUGCUUUAUCUUUGCACAUGAACUUCAUAGUGUCAGAAAAAACCUAGAAAUGUGACCACAUGUAUGAACUACAUAGAUAUAUAUGUUAAUAUAUGGCCAUAUAUCAGAUUUCUGUGUGAAUGUAGAUCCUGAUGUGUCUUCCACUGUGCUUAAGUUUUGCUUUUCAUAUCAAGCGAUCAUGUGAUGUCUAAGAGUUUAUUUCCAAAAUGAAUCUGAAAUCAUGUUAUUUAUUGUGCGUUCCAAUUAAUAUCAAUCAAACUGCAGUCUGUUUCUUUUGAUUCAAGCCAUAAUAACUACAAAAAAAGCUAACUAACAAUAAAAUACAAUAAAAACACGAGAACACAAUAAAAAAUAUGAUUUUUGGAAACAUGUAAAAACAGAGUUAUCUCAUUUUGGAUACAAACUCUUCAUGUGUACGUACAUACAGCUGGGUGGAUACACACUGUGCUAUCUGACGCCAUUUAAUAUGAGCAAAGCCAGAUGUGAGGUGCUCCCCAUGACAAUGCUUGGAGUCAUCUGAGCCCACUGUGAUUGGACGGUGUGUACAUUUCAUAAAUUGUUGAGCAUUAAAACAUUUUGUGUCAAAAAUGUUGACCGAUUAUUAAAAUGAAUAUCAAUCAAUAUCUAUAUGUAAUAUAAUAAUAAUGAUUCAAUUAGUCUUUACACCCAAUAAUGUUGUUUUUCAGAUCCAAAAAAGGCAUGUAGCAUGAAAAGCUUUUAUAAAUCUAUGAAACAAUUGGGUGGGUAAUACCAAAUGGCCAAAUAUGGCUGGAUUUCUUGCCUCUCAAACAUCUUGUCCAAUCACAGCUCAGAACAGCUCUGUCGUUUUUCCAUUGGUCAGAAUGAAGUGCGUGUCCCUUUCAACCUUCACUAAGUGCCAAUGAGAAGAACAAGAGGAAAAAGUUUUAUUGCACUAACUUGUACUGCACAAAGCGUAUAUAUAUUUUUAUUUACUGUUUUUAUACGCAGAAAUUGAAGUUUUAAAAAGAAAAAGUUUAAUGGUUGUAUGGUGACCGCCAUAACUUUUCAUUGGGUCAGGGAUGGGGUCUGUUCACCGACCUCCCAACUAAUAAGCUUACUUGGCGGUACUUUAUAAUGUCGUUCCUGUUUUGCGUCUUGCAGUAGAUGUCAGAAGGGGGGUUUGCCCUCAGUGAUUUGACCUCAGGCUCAGCAUUUCUUGGAAAUAUCACUGUGUUGGUGUUCGACGUUUGUUAAACAUCGCGUUUUUGUGUUUACUGUAAGUCAUAAAAUGAGUUGAACUAGUCAAACAGUGACAACAUUGUGUAGUUUUGGGGAGUUUUUAGCCUGGAAUCAAAAAGAUUCACCAAAUCACUUUUCUGGCAGCUUUGACAAGACUUCGAUAUAUAGAAUGGAAACCAAUAAAGAGAGAAAUAGCAAGAUUCCCUUUUUUGUUUUAAUCGUGGAUAUAGCAUUUAUAUAUUCAUUGUAUAUUUCGGGGAAGUGGGAAAAAGCAUCAAAGAAUGUAAAAUCUACAAAACUAAAUGCCUGUAAUCUGUCGUGGCUGUUUGUUUUAUCAUCUGACACAAAUUUCUUUCAAUCCUAUAUUUUCUUCCAUAUCAAGGCUAUUUUUUGGUCGUCAUUUUCUGUCGACAUACUUUAAAUCUGAAUACACAUUAUGAUAUUUUCAUGCUUUAAACAAUAUCUGUGGUCGAGUGUGUUUUAUUAUUUGUAUGGUGCAUGUUCUAUUGUGAGGCAGGAGAGACGUGACUGUGGAUCAAGAUGUCAUCCUGCCCUGCACAUUCCCAUAGAUGAUUUCACGUUAGUUUGUCUGAGCCUUUGUCUGAAUGCCUUUUGGUUCUUUCCCAGGAUAUUAAGCUAAACACCCAAGGAAAAAUUGUGUGUAAAAACUCCACAUUUUUCUUUCUUUGCGAUAUUUACAAACGUUUCAGUGUUAAAGAAGACUGUCACCAUACAUUACAAUAUUUACAGCAUCACAUGAUUCUUAAACAAGGAUCUUUUCAAAACGAGCUAGUCUUUUCCCGUUUUCUUUUUACUUUUCACAGUAUACAGUAUGUCUUGUCAUUUUAACAAUCCAAUGUUCAGUUCUUUCUUUCUCCAUUUUUGUGCAUUGAUUGAGAUUUUGAUGCAUGUCUUGUAUCAUCUUUGUACUAUCCUGCUUUUUUGGAACCAUUAUUGUCUCGGAGGUUGACAGUGUGAUGUCCAGGGUUUGAGUGAGUGCCUGAGAGGAUGGAGGUGUUGCAGGUGUUUGGUUUGUGUUGUUGAAUGUGAUACCCUGGCUGUUAUGUAGUGAUUUAAAUAAACAUGACUUCAGA